AGCUCCUCGGUGAGCUGUCCACUUCAGCACCACACAAGCCGAGAACAGGCAUCGGGGACUAGCUAAUGCCGCAAAGGAGGAACGAAGAGGACCAAGCCUCGGCUCAACAACAUCAGGACCUACCAUCCACCCAGUCUACAAGACCGACGAACGCGUGCUGAUAGCGACCGCGGACGCCUGUGACUCCGUGUCCGAAGACUGCGGGAAAGAAUACAGUGAUCAUGUACGAUGCAGCAAGGGUGCCAUCUCCCAAAGACGGUUCUAACGGGAUGACCAAAUCACUAGUCCCUGGGACAGGAGCAGAGAUGGGGGCAACUACUGGAGGAGGGGGUCUAACACCAACAACAGCCCUACAAGCAAAAACUGAGGAAGGACGAACAGCUGCAGAGGAAGAAGAGCCUAAUUCAGAUCCGGUCUUGGUUAAAAAGCCAAAAAGAGAGAUAUUGGACCAUGACAGGAAGAGGAGGGUAGAGCUCAAAUGUAUGGAGCUCCAAGAGAUGAUGGAAGAGCAAGGGUACACGGAAGAAGAGAUUCGGCAGAAAGUGAGCACCUUCAGACAAAUGCUGAUGGAUAAAGAGGGAGUCAUCACCAGAGAUGGCUCACAACCAGUAGUCAACAACGUGCACUAUUACCAUGAAGAUGAAGCUGAAUUGGUUGGCGACGAAGACGGAGACUACGACGCUGAUUAUCAUAGUGACAACAGAGUAAAAAGGAAAUCAAGCAGCUCCCCAUCCCCUCGUCCAAAGAAAAGAAAGAAGAAGAAGUCUGGCCGUCGAAGAAGUCGGUUUGGCAGCUCAUCACCCAAUCGCAGUGAAAAGAAGAAAAAGAGUAGCAAGAAACACAAGCGCGACAGGUCAGCUUCAGGCUCCAGCAAAAAGAGAAGGUACAGGUCAGGCAGCCCAAAGGAUAAACACAAAGACAAAACCAAACAGAAAAAGAGGUCUCCCGCUGAGACCCCCAGAAGGAGUGUGCAGCGCCAAGGCAGCUGUUGCAGCAGCCGCAGCGCCUCCGUGUCAUCCACUGGGAGCACCUCCAAAUCUCCCAGCAGACUGAACUCCAAGCACAAGAAGGAUGGAAAGAAGGCAGAGAGCACGUCGUUAUCCCCGGGCCGCAACAGUCCCUCCGUUUGGCACAACGGCGACCACACCCAGCGUCACAAUUGCCACAAAGCCGGCAGACUCAACCACACAGAGGGCGAUAAGGUGCAAGAUAAGCUGAACCUAUUGGCCACGGGCUCCUCAAGCAUCCAGUCAAAUUUGCUGAAAGAGCAUAAGCAGAAGCUCCAUAACAGCACUGAUACUGGAAGUGGAGAAAACGUGAGAGCUUGCCAGCGGGGACGGAACAAGAGCACCCACUCUCCUGCUCGAAGCAGCGACUCGGCGCACUCCCACCACAACCACGCUCACAGAGGAAGGAGCAGCCGCCAUCAGAGGAAGACAAAAAGCAGCCAUUCUUCCAAGCGUCACCACCGCUCCAGUCGAGGUCAGGCACACAACCGCAGCCCGUCGGCAUCACCGGGUCACCAUUCGCACACGUCGGGGAGAAAGAAGGAAGUGUCCCGAGGCAAACAAAACUCGAGACAUCGCAGCAGCUCCUGGAGCAGCGAACAUUCUUCGUGCACCCGCCGGGACCGAGGCCUUAGCAAGGCCAAGUCUCCUCACAACAGAGAGAAUUCCUCCAGAGAGAGGGAUAGUCCAAACCGAUGCGACAGUGAUGCCGACAGCCGAGCCCGCCGUCGCUCUCGCAGUUAUUCCCCCAUUCGCAAACGGAGGAGAGAUUCACCUAGUUUCAUGGAAGCGCGCAGAAUUACCAGCGCUCGUAAACGUCCGAUCCCUUACUACCGGCCGAGCCCGUCGUCGUCCAGCUACGACAGCAGCCCCUCACGCUCCAGCCGCAGCUUCAGCAGCUACAGCCGCAGCAGGAGCCGGAGCAGGAGCAGGAGUCCAAGUCGAAGUCGCAGCUGGAGCAGGAGUCAGAGCUGGAGUCGAAGUAGGAGCCGUUCUCGCAGUCACCACACUUACUCCAGCCGCAGCAGCUACGACAGCUGAGGAAAAUCAGGUCGGUCGUGGACUAUCAUCUCUCGACGUUAGAGUGUGUAAAUAUUGUUGAAGCAGCAUUCUACGAUUGGUAAGUAUUUGGCCUAUGAAAGCUAUUAGUGUUUGCCUUUGAACAAUGCUACAGUGGUUAUGAAAUACUACAAGUAUAUCAUUGAAGGUCAGUGUUAAUUUGUGAGUCAGAUUCCACCAAAGUAUUGCAUUUUCAUUCAAACAACUUCAACUUUUAAACAAAGAGCAUUUCUAGUAGGCUCUUUUUACCGUCUUUUUCUUAUUUGUUUUAAUUAUUAUUUAUUGUAUUUAUAUAUUUAUUGUUAUUAUUGUCGAUUUAAUCAGUCUUAACCUGAAACCCUUUAUUGGCUUCCAAAACCGAUUCUGACACUCGGCUGUUCGGUAAUACUGCACCGCAUCGCUACAAAUACUAGUAUCGGUAUUAAAUUUACCCCGAGGUUUUUUAUUGUUUUUUUUUCCCAAACCCACUGUUGUGUUGUUUAAGGGCAAAUUCAUUAAAAAUCUGAGAAAUUUAAUUAAAAAAAAAAAAAUCCAAAAACUGAGUUGAUUCGGCAGAGCCUUUGGAAACAAAUCUUGCUAUUUGCUGGCAUGCCCUUUGACUUUUUCCACAAAGCAACCAAAAUCCAAAGUACAUUACGUAUGCAUUAGAAAUGGUUGCAUUCAACACAUUGUGCGAAAGGGACCAUUUAUUCUUUCUCCUUGCUCCCCCCAAAGAUGUAGCCUGGCAAACUAGUUGGCUUUAGCCAUAUACAAGAUACAUGGCAAGUCAGUUUGGUCUUCCUAUGGAGGACUAGAAGUGCAAAAAUUAAAUAAAUAAAUACACAUUAAAACGCUUCUAUUUCAAUAUUCAUUUAUUUCAAUAUUUACUUUUUUAUUUUAAUUUUUGUAUAUUUAUUUCAUUUUAUGUGUAUUUAUUUCAAUAUUUAUAUAUUUCACUUUUUAUUGUUUCAAUUUAUAUUUAUUUUUUAUUUCAAAAUUUAUUUCCAUAUAUAUAUAUAUAUAUGCAUUUCAAUUUUUAUUUAUUUCAAUAUUUACUAGUAUUUCAAUACUUUUUUAUUUUCAUUUUCAUAUAUUUAUUUCAUUUUAUAUUUCAUUUUAUAUGUAUUUAUUUCAAUAUUUAUUUAUAUAUUUCACUUUUUACUUAUUUGUUUCAAUUUAUAUUUAUUUUUAUUUAUUUCAACAUUUAUUUCGAGUUUUAUUUAUUUAUUUCAACAUUUAUUUAUUCCAAUAUUUAUUUAUGCAUUUUAAUGUUUAUUUAUUUCAAUUUUUAUAUAUUUCAUUAUUUAAUUAUUUCAACAUGUAUUUAUUUCACUUUUUAUUUAUCUCAUUUUUUCUGUCAUUGGCUCAUUAAACUACAUAAUAAGCCACAUGGCUCUGGAGUCAAGAUAGUGCUUUUUAAAUUGAAAUAAAUAAAUUAAAAUGAAAUAUAUAAAUAAAAAUUUAAAUAAGUAAAUAAAUAAAAAUCGAAAUAUUUUCGCUUUUAAAUGAUCUGAAUAAAUAAAUGAAGUAAAACAUUGAAAUAAAUAUUGAAAUAAAUAUUUAAAUAUGUAGAUGCAUUUUAAUGGCACUUUUAAUUAUUUAUUUGUGUGUUCAUUUGUUUAAUUUUCGCACUGUCAUUUUUGUGUGAAAAAUCUAAAGAUACUUAGUGUACAGUACUUGUUUUUGAGAAGGGAACAAACACUAAACAUCUCGAAAGAUUUGCAGGGUUACUAGGUCUGCCUUUGAAUUGGUCUGACACCAGGUCAGUGCAUAUGUGCAAAGUUUGGUGUUUUCUCACGCUUUGAACGAGACUACACUGUAUGAUCAUUCACGGGACGCUGAAAAUAUGUGCCGUCGAGUCCCCUACGACAGCCUCGAAAAUGCUCAAGAUUCCCCGUCGCUCUCCUUCGUGACGCAUCGCAAAGCCCUUCUUCGCAUGCUGUGAUUCGUCGGUCGACAUUGGACCGCAGUGGAAAUUCAACUGAAACCAGACUGACUUCCCAUAUGUCUUAUACACGGCCAAAGUCAGGCUGGUUUGCCAGGCUACCAAAGAUGUUGAAAACCUGAGAGCAACAAGAUCAAUGAAAAUAAGAACAAAAGAGGAUAAAACCAUUUUUAAUGCCUAUAAAUUGCAUUGUAUAGGUUUGUCUGUAUAGCUCUUCUGGCUUUGUAAACUAUGCACUGUAUAUUCCAUGACACAGUAGAGCAUGGCAAAUGGGAAAAGAUAAUGUAGGGGGCCUCGUCGCCCAAACUAAUGUUAUUGGAUGCUACUUUUGUGGGAUGUCAGCCAGUCAAAAGCAAAUUAGAAAAAAUGUAUUAUUUAUGACUUUAAGUCAACCCUAUGUAAAUAACUCCUGGUGUGUAUGUUUAUUCUACCAAUCCUUGGUUUAUGGGUCACUGAGAAUGUGUGUUGUAAAGCGGGGUAUACACGUAGCAUUCUUAACUCAUUGGCUGUAAUUGACAGCAAUAGACGUCUAAAUUGGAGGGUAGGAACGACUACUGCAGGUGUGUCAAACUGGCGGGUCGGGACCAGAUCUGGCGCACCACGUCAUUUUGUGUGGCUCGCGAAUGUUUGUUUUUCGUUACUUUAAAAUUCUGCAGUCCAAAAAUUGGAGUAUAUUUACAAUUUGUUUUUUCUUUUUUAACAUUUUUUUUGUAAAUUUCAAAUAAAGAUUAAUAACUGUUUUUUUUUUCCUUUCCAAAAAAUCAAAUCCAACAAAGGAAAAAGAGAAUGUUUUCCGAUUAUUUACCCUUUUUUAAUAAAUGAUAAAAAAAUUAAAUGAAAAAAAAUAUAAUAAAAAAGCAAAUAUUUGUUUUUCCUUUUUUAAUUAUUAUUAAUUUUAAAUAAACUAAAUAAUUACCAUUUGCAUAUGUAUUUUUGGCGCGAUUAUCCGUAUGUGUGUACCCCGCUUUUGACGUGAUUAUAAGACUGCACUUGUGCUGUACAGGAACAUUUACUGCAAAGAUUUCCAUGCACAUGUUUUUGUGAAUCUACUAUUUAAUGUAUUUAUUUAUUUAUUUAUUUAUUUAAAUAUUGAUUAAUUUAUUGGACUAUUUAUUGUUUUUAUAUAUUUAUUUCGAGUUUUCCAAUCAACUCAUUCACUGCCAGCCCAGGUUACAGAGUAUAUGCUCUGGUAGUUUGUAAAAGAAGGUAAUUGAUUAUUGAAAACGUCCAUUAAUGGCAAUAGCCGUCCAAUCAAUUUCAACUGGGAAUCAUUUGAUCGCUUCCAGCCCCUCCCAUUCAAAAUGGAUUGGACAUCUAUUGCCGUGAAAAUACAUACAAACAUCUUUAUGAAUAUACAAUUUAUCAACUAUAAGUGUGACCUUUCCUUAAUGAGACAUUGGGCAUUGGAAAAUGUUUAAUAUUUAAUUUUGAGCUCCAGUGAACAAAGCAAAGAUCCAAAAUACCCUGACUUCAACCCCAUCAAAUGUUUUUUUUACCCCAAUGUGGGAAGUAGCUGUUGAGACAUUUUCUAAGAUGUUCACCGCUCUCUUCAACACCAUAGCAAAGUUUUAUAAUACUUUUGUCGAGAAAGCGUACAAUGCAAGGACACUGUCAAGAUGUGUCCUGGGGGGCUUGAAGCAAAAACAAUCAAGGUCCACCAGACACAAUUCCUCCAAAUUUGACUGUUGUUUUCCAUGUAACGCUUGUCCUUAAUUUAUUCCCAAAUCUAAUAAUGCCCCUUUGGUCCAUUGGGUCCUUCUUUGUAGUGCUCAAGUUCACAUUCCUGAAAAUAAACUGAAAGAAAUACAGAAAAUAAAUUC